UUACGUCUUAACGCAUGUGUCAUGGCUGUGAGGCCUUUUUCAAUUCUUAGGGUGGCUGCUUGUCACACGGGUGACCUUGGACAAGUCUUUUCUGUUCUGCCCAAGUUUCACCUUUAGCUAAGGGAGAUCAGGCUAUCAGCUCCUUUGUGUGCUGUGCUGGAAGUCCAGUAUCAGCAGGAACUGUUCAAAGAGGAAUGGUUGGGUGCCCAGUGGUGGGAGGAGGAUUGGGGAAAUUGGUAGGAGGGGAUUUCUGAUUGACAGUAUUUGGGUGGUACAAGAGAGAGAAGGCCUUACUAGAGUGAUACCUGGGAUGAUUAUCAUGGCAGCUUUGAGGGUCAAUUAGCUGAUACAACAACCACAGUCUUUUAGGAUAUAUUCUAAGCCACAAGUAUUUCAAGUUAGUGUAGGUGAGGAAUUUUUGCCUCUGUCAGCAUUGCCUGCAUGGUCUGUCAUGGUUUAAGAGCAUGUGCUUUUGCUUUUCACUGUUUAGGUGCGUGCUCUCUGUUUCCCAGUGGUGGGGAGUGCUCUGACCUGCCCGGUUUUGCUUUGCAGACAGUGUUACCUUUUAAGGACACUGUGCAGGAAACCAUGGCAGGGGGAGGCUGUGGGGAAAUGCUGCUUCUGUCCUGUGGCUCCCUUUGGGGCUGAGGUUUGUUAAUAACGUUAGCUCUGUAAUCGGAUGUCAGUAGAAGGAGGAGGAAUUGUCAUGAUUAAUUAAUUAGAGGUCCUGAGAAAAGCAUGAGCUUUCUCAGGAGUCUUAGAUGCUAUUUUGGGAGAUGACACCAUGUGGCAAUGGCUCCCUAAAAAUUCUCCUAUGGAAGAGUCCGAUGUUUGUGAAUUUUUCUCAGGCAGCCACAAGAGGUUGCUAAAGAAGGGCUUUUUCCGGCUUUAAGGAUUGUUGAGUCCUGUCCUGGAUACGGACAUGCACAGUGUAUAGAACAAUCACUUCUCUAAGACUAAGACUCAAAUCAGGCUUUUUUUUCCAUUCCAAACUCAGAGCCAACUGAUUUAAGGAGGAGGUGCUGCUGCAUCCCUGCAGAACCUCAGCUGUAAUGGAGCCAAACUGGUAGGAGGUGCUUAAGAGAUGGUGUGAUACUGUGAUCUUGGCUUCUUAUGCAUCUCCUGUGGGCCUUCUCAAGUCUGUUGGCGCUACUGCUGCCUUGCCUUGAGGAUCAGGGACACAGUGUACCUGUUCAAUACCUACAGUUGUUCUGUUGAUAUUGAGCCACUCUAAAUGGUGCCUUGUUUGCUUUCCUAUGUCUGGAGCCUAGAAAAUGAAGCUAAAGGAAAUCGAGCGAACAGCUGUCCAGGCGUGGAGUCCAGCAAACCACCACCCCAUUUAUCUAGCAACAGGAACAUCUGCCCAACAACUGGAUGCAUCCUUCAGUACAAAUGCCACCUUGGAGAUAUUCGAGGUUGACUUCAGGGAUCCUUCCCUGGAUAUGAAGCAGAAAGGAACGCUUCCUGCCUCAAACAGGUUUCAUAAGCUGAUCUGGGGUAACUUUGGAAAUGGGUCCCCAGAGUCCUCCGGAGUGAUCAUUGGUGGAGGGGAUAAUGGUGUACUGACAAUGUACAGUGUGCACCACAUCUUGGCUUCAAAGAGUGAGCCUGUAAUUGGGCAGAUGGAGAAGCAUUCAGGUCCUGUUCGAGCUCUUGACUUCAACCCUUUCCAGAGUAACCUCUUGGCUUCUGGAGCCAACGAUUCUGAAAUUUUCAUCUGGGACUUGAAUAACUUCAGUGUGCCUAUGACUCCAGGGGCUAAAUCACAGCCCCAUGAAGAUGUCAGUGUGGUGUCCUGGAAUCGGCAGGUGCAGCAUAUCCUGUCCUCCGCUCACCCCAGCGGCAAGGCUGUGGUUUGGGACCUCAGGAAGAAUGAGCCUAUCAUCAAAGUCAGUGACCACAGCAACAGAAUGCAUUGCUCAGGAAUGGCCUGGCAUCCAGAAGUUGCAACCCAGCUAGUCCUUUCCUCCGAGGAUGACCGCUUGCCAGUGAUACAAAUAUGGGACUUACGUUUUGCUACCUCUCCUUUGAGCCAGCUGGAAGGGCACAUGAGGGGAGUUCUCUCCAUCUCUUGGUGCCAGGCUGACCCUGAACUGCUGUUGAGUAGCGCCAAAGACAACCGGAUCUUGUGCUGGAACCCAAGUGUGGGGGAGGUGGUUUACGAGUUGCCCAUUCGGAGUCAAUGGUGCUUUGACGUCCAGUGGUGUCCUAGGAAUCCUUCAGUCUUCUCUGCUGCCACUUUCGAUGGGUGGAUCAACAUUUAUUCUGUUAUGGGUGGGAACUUAGAAGCUCAGCAGAGGACGCAGGCUGACAAGAUCUCUUCAUCCUUCAACAACCUGGAUCCCUUUGGCACAGGACAGAUCCUUCCUCCUCUGCAGGUGCCAGAGCAAGUAGCUCAGACCACCUUGAUUCCACCAUUAAAAAAGCCACCCAAGUGGAUUCGCAGACCUGUGGGGGUUUCAUUUGCAUUUGGAGGAAAACUUAUUUCCUUUGGUCUUGCCAAAGCUCCUGGACAGCAAAUGCAGCAGACAUACCCACACCAAGUAUUCAUCAGUCAAGUCACUACUGAAACUGAAUUUCUGCUCCGAUCUAGAGAACUGCAGAUGGCCUUGCAGUCAGGGAACCUCCUUGAUUACUGCCAGGGCAAGAUCCAGACAGCCAAGUUGCCAUUUGAUGAGAACCUUUGGAACUUCUUGAAGGUGAACCUGGAGCAGGAGUCCAGGACUAAACUCCUCAAGCUGCUGGGCUACAGUAAAGACAAUCUGCAAAAAAAGAUCACCUCAUGUUUGAGUGAUGGGAUCUCAGAUAAACAGCCCCUUCCUGAGGCAGAUGAGACAAAUGCUGCACAGCCAGAUCAGCUUUUGAUAAAUUCCAGUGAUGAUGUAGCUGCUGUUUCCUCCUCUUCAGCCUUUUUCGACAACCUCAUCCCACAGAAUAUGAGCACAUUGGAGAUUCCUGUCACAGAAGAUACGGAUGGACUCAUCAGCCAAGCCCUUUUGUUGGGGAAUUUUGAGGGUGCAGUGGAGCUGUGCAUGCGGGCAGAGCGCUUUGCUGAUGCCAUCAUCUUAGCUAUAGCUGGUGGGGAGAACCUCCUGAAGGAGACCCAGAAGCGCUACUUUGCCAAGUGUAAGACAAAACUCUCCCUGCUGCUUUCCUCCAUUGUGCAACAGAACUGGCAAGAUAUUGUUUGCACUUGCGAUCUACAGAGCUGGAAGGAGGCACUGGCCAUCUUGUUAACAUACUCAAAGCAUGAGGACUAUACCCAGCUCUGUGAUAUGCUGGGUGCCCGCCUAGAGUCAGAGGGAGAUGCAGCCCUGUCCAGUGAUGCCUGCCUCUGCUAUAUCUCAUCAGGCAAUGUGGAGAGGUUGGUGGAAUGCUGGGUAAAAAACCAUGAGACUUCAUCAGCCCUUGCCCUGCAGGAUCUGAUAGAGAAGGUGAUGGUGCUGAGCAGGUCCAUUGAGAUGCUCCGAGGCACAGCAGGACAAGCACCAGGCCCUGUCUUGGCAGAACGAAUCACCCAAUAUGCCAGUCUCCUGGCAUCACAAGGAUGCUUGGCAGCCGCAAUGAAUUACCUACCCAGCAGCUCUAAAGAGCUCCUGAUUGAACAGCUCCGAGACCGGCUUUUCCAUGCUCAAGGAGAGAAUGUGGGUGAUGAGCAGCCACCCCCUUUUCCCUACACUCGUGUCAAUGUAGGUGUCAUUAAACACACAUCUCCAGCAGCCAAGGGUGGUUCUGGCCCUGAAGGAGCAGUCCACAAAACAGGUCCUAGACAUCCGGAGAAGCCCAACUAUCAGUCAUCAUUUGCCCCUUCAGCACCUUCUCAGCCUUCAGUGCCUUCCCUCUUCACACCUCAGCCAGUGCCAGCGAUGUCUAUGACACCUCACCACAUUGCCCCUCCCCAGGCCAGCACAGGUCCACAAACAAGUGUCUAUUCCAGAGGGCCACCAUACCCACAGUACAACUUGGGCUUGGUUCCAGCAACAGUUUCAGGGCCAGCUGUGUCACAGUCUCAGCCAUUCGGACCAGUGGGAGUCAGACCUGUCGGUCCUGCUCCCUUCCCCAGCCAGCCUUCUCUGCCAGGACAGUCCAUGCCCAUGACAUCUCCUGGUGUUCCACCACCCGGACCCACCCUGUUCACUCCAGCCUCAGUCCCAUCAUCUCAGCUUCCUGCAGCUUGUCCUCUCCCUGUGGCAAGCCAGUCUCCUCUAGGUUUCUCUUCAGCACCUUUCAACUGCCCCAUGAACAUGGGUUACCCUCAGGGAGGUCCUGGAGCUCCAUCUACUAAGCCUCUGCCAGCAGCCAGCGUUCCUCCUCCUCCCACAGCUCAGGAAUCUUGGACUGAUGCCUCUGCUGUAAGAGGAGGCCUUCAAAAAAAAAAGUUGCCUGAGAAAUUUACUCCUCCAGCCCCCAUCACAGCUCCAGUAAUGAGCCUGCCCGCUGAGCCCCAAAGGAUCCAUCCUCAGAUGUCCAGGUUGCAAGAAUCUGGCCAGUCACCCCCAGGAGCACCCAAGGAAGGCAGCCUGCAGUAUCACCAGCUACCUGUGGAGAGGGUUGAGAGGAAGGAGGUGCCCCCUGAGCACCAGGCUCUGAAGGUCACAUUUGAAGGGUUGGUGCAACGCUGCUCUGCUGUCGCCACUGAUCCAAAAACCCGAAGGAAGCUGGAGGAUGCAUUGCAGCGGCUGGAGUGUUUGUAUGAGAAGCUCCGCGAGCAGGCACUCUCUCCAGCCAUCCUCAUGGGUCUUCAUGAAAUUGCCCGCUGCAUUGAGGCUAGGAACUACCAACAGGGUCUCUUGGUUCACACCCAAGUGGUGAGCAGCAGCAGUUUCAGUGAGGUGUCUGGUUUCAUGCCCAUCCUGAAAGUCCUCAUGACCAUUGCUGGCAAGCUGAAUGUGUAAAAUGUGGAGCAGCUGGAACAGUGUACACUGAGAGCUGAUGGACUCCCUCACCUGUUGAUGUGCUGCAGGUUGUGGACUCUCCUUCCGACUCUGGAGAAAUAAAUCUGUGCCAGUGCCUGGAACUGUGCUGGGCCAGCACGCCUGGCCCCAUCCACUCUCCAGACAGCCCACUGGUGCCUGGGACUCCUGGAGACUGUUCUUUCUCUCUCUUCUUUCUUAACUAGUCUGAGGCUGCUUCCCAGCCCAGAGAUGUCAAUUUCAGGCUGUCCAGGUUGCACGGAGAUCCUCCCUCUUCCCUGUAUCCCCAGCACAAAGGGGAAACUCCUUCCUUCCCAGGCUGACUUUGCUUUUUUUUUUUUUUCAGUGUAAAUUGCUUGAGUGAUAGCUGGGCUCCCUUGGGACCUAAGCUGGGGUGUCCCUGCUGUAUUGGGCUGCAGUGAGGAUCUCUCCUCUGGUUCUUUCUUUCUUUUCACUC